UUAUGUAUUAAAUAUAAAUGAACGAAUAACAUUAUAAUUUACAACACAUGUGCAAUUUUAAUAUUUCUUUUUAACUGUUAAUUUCAAGAAUGAGUCUUGUGGAGGGCAAAAGAAUAACUUUUAAAAGAGCCAGACCUAAUCCAUUGUUUCAGGACUGGCUAGAGGAAUUAUACGAACAAGCUCUACAAAAAAAGAGUAAACUUGGAAACAUUCUGAAGGAAGCUUUGGAUUCUAUAUCAAAAUAUCCAUUGCCUUUACAAUCUGGAGCAGAGUGUGCUAUAUUAAAAGGAUUCGAUAAACGUUUGUGCUUAUUCCUUGACAAACGCUUGGAAGAAUAUAAAAAUUUAAAUAAAGUUACCUCGAACUCCUCCCCAAACGGAAUUGUUAACAUAUCAUCACCGCCCAGAAAAAAAUAUGCAGUAAUUUCGCCUAGUCUACCUAUAGAAAAGAAUAAACCAUCAGAAACUCUCUCUAGCAAUGUUAAUCCCAAUCCAAGACACAGAAAAAAUCAUAUUAAAUACAAACCAGUUUUUCGUUCUGGAGGCUAUGCUAUCUUGAUGGGUCUAUUAGAUCAUACAACAUGUAGCACUACAGAGUCACUCAAUAAAGAUGAAUUAAUUGAAAAAGCACAAAGAUAUUGUGAUGAAUCUUUUACCAGACCAAAACCAGAAUCUUUUUAUACUGCAUGGUCAAAUAUGAGCAGAUUAAUAGCGAAAGGCUUAGUAAAAAAAACUGGAAGUAAAAAAUGUCAAUACUUUUUGACUGAUUUGGGUAUAUUAGUAGCUAAUGAACUUUUAUGCGAUACUCAAAAUAUGCCAUCUGUUAAUGAUAUUAUUUUUAAAGAUCAAUCAUAUGGUACUGUAGCAUCUCAGAAUAUAGAAAAUGAAGUAAUAGUGCUUGAAGAACAUAGUUCUAAAACAGAUUAUGUUUCUGAGAAUAUAGAUUUAAUAAAAAACAAUAUGCUAGAUGAGCAAAUAGCUGACUUAGAACAACAAUUGAUAGUAAUGGAUGCUGGCACUUUCAAUAUCAUACUACUAAUUGACAAAAACGAAACUAGUGGGUUGUCCAAAAAGAAUGACCCUACAGUGGCAGAGUUUAAUAAAUUCCCUGAUUUGAAACAUGAAUACCGCAGUUUAAAAGUUGGAGACUUCACCUGGGUGGCUCGGCAUAAAACCAGUAACCAAGAAUUGGUCCUUCCAUAUGUUGUUGAAAGAAAAAGAAUGGAUGAUUUGGGUGCUAGUAUUAAGGAUGGAAGAUUCCAUGAGCAAAAAUUUAGACUGAGGAAGUGUGGAUUAAAGCAUGUAAUUUAUAUGGUGGAAAGUUAUGGAAAAAACAAAUAUGUAGGCUUACCUGUACAGACUUUGAUGCAGGGUUUGGCAAAUACCAGAGUUCAAGACAAUUUCAAGGUCCAUGUGACUGAGUCUCUGACUCAUUCAGCUAGAUUUUUAGCUAUGAUGACUUUAAGAUUAACAUUUGAGUUUAAGGACAAAAGAUUAAAAGGACAUAACAAAGAAUCAUAUAAUGAUAUACUUAUGACAUUUGAGUUCUUCAAUAAGUCUUCAAUAAAAAAUAAGCCACUUUCAGUAACAGAUACAUUUAUAAAACUACUUCUUCAAAUAAAAGGUGUCUCCGUUGAAAAGGCUUUGGCAAUUACUAAUGUGUAUAAAACUCCAAUAUCUCUGAUAAAGGCAUAUAAACUUUGUACAGAGAAGGAGGGAGAAAUAUUAUUAGCUAACUUAAAAUGUGGAGUAACAACUCGAAAUGUAGGGCCUAGUGUGAGCAAAACUGUAUACCAACUAUUUAAAUUUGAAAUUAUUAGCUGAAUCUUACUUUCAAAUGAAAUUAUGUUGUAAAGAGUAAUAUUUUAUAUGUAAACAUUUUAGCAUAUUGUAGCAUAUAACAUGUGCUUAUCUUAUAAAAAUCAAGACUGUAUUUUAUAUAUUUUAAUAAACUA